AUGCUCCCGCUUCUUCGACUGGCCGUCGGUACGCCUCGCUCUGCUAUACAACAAUCGAAGGUUAGGAGCUUUUCUAUAAAACCCUCAAAUUUGACCUCAGAUUCAGGACCCAGCGCAAUCAUGCAGGUACCCUUGAAAAUAAACGGGCAUCGGUUGAUGGAGUCCAUCCAUUCUACCUGCGAGUUUGGUAAGGCGCACCGUUAUGGGGAACAUGAAACGGAGACCGGAAUGGCUCGUUUGGCUCUGAAUGAUGAUGACAAGAAAGUUCGCGAAUGGUUGAUCGAGCAGGUCAAGGCCGUAGGAUGUUCAGUGACUGUUGACCAGAUGGGGAAUAUAUUUGCUGUUCGACCGGGACGAAACAAAACAGCACCACCCGUCAUGAUGGGGUCUCAUCUGGACACACAACCGACAGGUGGUCGAUACGAUGGGAUUUUGGGUGUUCUUGCUGCACUCGAAGCAUUACGUACUAUACAUGAAAGUGGCUACCAGACGGAGGGGCCUAUUGGGCUGAUUAACUGGACCAACGAGGAAGGAGCGAGAUUCCCUAUGGUGACAGUCUCAUCUGGCGUUUGGGCCGAUGUAGUUCCACUCGAAACGGCCUGGAACUGCCGAGAAGUGGCCUCAUUAAGCCAAGGUCCAGAGCUAAAAACAAUGAAGCAAGAGUUGGCUCGCAUUGGAUUCCUGGGCGAGAUACCAGCAUCGUACAAGGCGCUUCCAAUUGGUGCUCACUUCGAGCUUCAUAUCGAGCAAGGCCCUAUUCUGGAAAAUGAAGAACAAAAGAUCGGCGUGGUUACUGCUGGCCAGGCAUAUAGCUGGUUUGAGAUUACUGUCAAAGGCCAGGAUUGCCAUGCUGGUACUACACCUUUAUCCGCUCGGAGGGAUCCUCUUCUCGCAGCGGCGAAGAUGAUUGCCGCAUCGAAUCAAAUCGCUAAAACCUCUUCAGGCCUCAUAACAACCGGAAUUUUACAAGCGAUGCCCGGAAGCAUCAAUACCAUGGCGCAUACGGUAAAGUUCACAAUGGACAUUCGCCAUCCUCAAGAUGAGCAGGUUUCUAACAUGGUUGAGCAAUGCUGCCAAGCAUUCGAUGAAAUUGCCACAGAAGACAGCGAGCGAGGUGUGGAGGUCAGCUGGGAAACACUCACUGAGAACGUGGCGGUCAAAUUUCAUCCGGACUGUAUUGCUGCUGUCGAGAGCGCUGCAGAAGCAGUUUGUGCUUCUGUCCCAGCGAACCAGAACCCAUCAAAUAAAAGCCUGUGGAGACACAUGACAAGUGGUGCAGGUCAUGACAGCUGUAAUGUUAGCAAGAGAUGUCCAACAGCCAUGAUUUUUACGCCAACACGAAAUGGGAUGAGCCACACCCCUGAGGAAUAUUGCAGCCCAGAGGACUGCGUUCUCGGAGCAGAAGUUCUUAUGGGUGCAACUUUAAAAUAUGAUACUUUGCGAGCACAGAGAGGGGGACUUAGUUAA